AUGAGUAGCAUUCACCAUAGCAACGGACCAGCCAGCAUGAGUGUCAACAAAGUUCCAGCUUUCUCAUUGACAUUGGAACAAAAAACAGGCUUUGCAUUUGUGGGGAUUCUGUGCAUUUUCUUGGGCCUUCUGAUUAUCAGAUGCUUCAAAAUCCUGCUGGAUCCCUACAGUAGCAUGCCUUCCUCUACUUGGGAAGAUGAAGUGGAAGAGUUUGACAAAGGAACUUUUGAAUAUGCACUUGCAUGA